CGCUACAUUUCUUAUGAGUGGAAAUAUACAAAAAUAUUACUACGACAUCGCGAGUAUUCGCAAGCGAUUUUUAAUGACAGCGACAGCUCUCUCUCCAGAAUAAGUUUGGUCUCUGACUUUUUGCUCGUCACGAAAGGUUUUGUGUUGUAGGAAAUUUCUGUAAUCUAAUUCAAUUACUUGAUUUUAUUCUAAAAUGCACCUUUUAAAAUUUAGCGUACGCAUUUUAUUUUGUUCCAGUAUAAUUAAGUUUCAAUUACGGUCGGCCGUAGUAUAAAAAUGUCCUUUAUUUACAAGACUAGUGUAUCUAUAAAGUUGAAUUAGUAUCUACGAAAAUACUUUUAAUUCACAAUGGAUAAAGGAGUGACGUGUGAUCAUUUAAAUAAAGUGACAGACUCCCUUGGGAAGGAGCUAUGGCAAACAAAAGAGACACUAACAUGUUUCGACUGUGGCUGCCCGGGUCCCAACCUCUGGAUCUGCUUGCAACCUGACUGCCAUCAUAUCGGUUGUUCCGAAGUGAAGAAUGACCACAGCACUUUACACCAAAAGAACUUCCCAACGCACUGCGUUCACAUGAACGUCUCCACUGAGAGGAUAUGGUGCUACCUGUGUGAAAAAGAGGUUCACGUUAAAGCUGCGUUAGCACAGGGAUUGACAAGUCCAGACUCGACAUCUCUAGACGGUUCCAUCAGCAGUGCUCGUUUCGGUUCCAUAGUCCUGGGCUCGCCCGACGAUGAACUGGACCCAGAUGAUAUGGACUACGAUGAUGAGGCGAGACACAGAGCAGGUCUCGUGGGCCUCCAAAACAUGGGUAAUACGUGCUACAUGAACGCCGCCCUGCAAGCCCUUAGCAACACCGCCCCGCUGACGUCAUACUUCCUGGAGUGUGGCGCGGCCAUCGCAAUAUUAGCGGGGGAUAAGAAACCGGGACUUAGUCGGGCAUAUCAAAAAUUAAUAAAAGAAAUGUGGAGUAGGAAAACGAGAGGCUACGUCGUACCUAAUGGGAUCCUGUACGGAAUACGGAGUGUGCACCCAAUGUUCCGGGGAUACCACCAACACGACACACAGGAGUUCUUGCGAUGCUUCAUGGACCAACUGCACGAGGAACUCAAAGAGCCGAUAUAUGACAAUGCACUCGAAGACAAACUAACCUCUGAAGCGGACGGGGACCACCAGGAUAACAGGAACUUGCAUGUCAGGAGACGGGCGGCUUCGUCUGGAGCGAGCGACGCGCCAUUCUUCGCUCGAAUGCGACGGAAAUCUCCAGCCGCUUCCUCGUACAGCGAAUCUAGAACUGACGGCUAUCUCAGGGUAUCGGAAAGCUGCCCGACUUCGGGCAACCGUCACCGACGCUCGGCCAGUUUCGGCGGCGCCCGCCAUCUUGCUUACGCCGCACUCGCUGAUAACUUCACUGGUGGUGAAUCUAUCAAUCGGGAAGUGGGUUCAGAAUCGGAACUGUCAUGUUCGAGCGAGGCCGAGGAGCGCUACGAGACUUGUUCCAGCGGCGCCAGCGACGCCGAGCUCAGGCCGGAGAGGACGCGCAAGACUUCAGGGUCGUGUGGAAGCGGCGACGGCAACUCAGUUCGUUACAGGAGCAUUAUAUCAGACGUGUUUGAUGGAAAGCUUCUGUCUUCAGUGCAAUGCCUCAUUUGUGAUAGGGUGUCCACCCGCGUAGAAACGUUCCAAGACUUGUCUCUGCCUAUCCCGUCGCGGGAACACCUGGCCGUGCUGCGGUGUCAACAGCCUCAUCACAACACGGCCACUGCGCAGGAGUCAUGGGUUUGGUGGUUGUUGAGCUGGCUCAGGUCGUGGUUCUACGGGCCUGUGGUGUCUCUACAGGAUUGUCUAGCUGCCUUCUUCAGCGCGGACGAACUCAAAGGCGAUAAUAUGUAUAGUUGUUCCCGCUGCAACAAGUUGCGCAACGGCGUCAAAAUGUCCGGCGUGGUGCGGCUGCCCGAAGUGCUGUGUGUCCACCUCAAGAGGUUCCGUCACGAGUUGAUGUUCAGUGCCAAGGUGGCCGCCAGGGUGGCGUUCCCGCUUCACGACCUCAACAUGGCGCCUUACACGCACAAAGAUUGCACAUCAAAAGUGACCCGCUACGAGCUAUGCGCGGUCAUUUCCCACGCGGGCACAGCCGGCGGCGGUCACUAUACUUGCGUGGCUCGCAACGGCAGGAACUGGUACACCUUCGACGACCUGUGUAUAGCGCCGAUGCCAUUCCACCAUUUGGCACAUUGCGAGGCAUAUGUGCUCUUUUACAAAAAAGUGAACCCCCAAAUGACGGUGCUACGGCAGAAAGCGGCCGAGAUACUCAACUCUACGACACUGGAGCCCAACGACAUAAAAUUCUACAUUUCUAAACAGUGGAUCAAUAAAUUCAACAACUGGGCCGAACCGGGUCCAAUAGACAACAGCGACUUCGUCUGCUGCCACGGCGGAGUGAGGCCGGACCGGGCGCAGAACCUGCAACACUUGGCCACCGUAGUGCCCGGCGUCCUCUGGCAGUUCCUGCACGAGCAUUUCGGCGGCGGGCCGGCGCUGUCGCACGCGCACGGCUGCGCGGGCUGCGCGCGCGCCGCGCUGCGCCUGCGCGCGCGCCGCCAGCGCGAGCUCGCCGCCUUCGCCGACCUGCACGCCAUAUUCCAGGAACAAGAAAGGCCCCGCGCUAUAUACGCAAUAAGCAUGCAUUGGUUCCGGCAAUGGCAGGCGUUUGUGAGAAACAAAACGCAACAACCACCGCCACCUGUCGAUAAUAGCGGAAUUGUUACUAAACAGGAAAUAGACGGAGUCACAACAUAUUCGGUAAAACAAGGGUCCGACCACGCGCAACUAAGUGAAGAACUAUGGCGGUUCUUCACAGACAUCUACGGCGGAGGGCCCGAGGUCAAACUCAAAUCCCCAGGCUCCAAUCCAAUAAUACAGGAACCACCCAAAGAGAAACUACUUGAAAACAGAACACUCUCAAGGAAAUAUUCGGAAUCGGACAAAGAAGAAUACUGCUCAAAAUCUACUUCGGAAAUGAACAUACGAGACACAAUACAAGGGGAACUGCAAAAGAACCAAUCGCUACAAAAUAUCAACAGGAGAUACAAGAAGGCGGAAUCAGACGACGACGUCAAUUACAAGUGUCAAUAUAAACGUCACGAACCGAACGGUAACUACCAAGAUUCUGACGAUGAAAUGGAGUCCAUACCUCUGCAGUACGUCAAUACAGUUCGCAUGGAGAACGGGGUGGACAGUUCCGAUCACGACGCGAACGACAAUCCGGUGUGUGCAAAGAAAACUGAUGACCUGCCAAAUCUAGAUAGUAUAUCUUUGAAAGCGAAGCCAUCGAAGAGUGGGAAAGCGAGAAAAAUGAAAAAGCGGACGGUGAAAUGAUUUUUUCUUGCUUUCCAGUUUGUACACAGGUUGAGGCAGAUGGUAAGCUCGAACAGGGACUAUGUAUGAAUCGAACAUUCCUAUUGGUGAUUGGUGACAGUGCAUUUAGUGUCGGGAGCCCUGAGGAAUUGUGUAGUGAAAUUUUAGACCGAUACAUGCUCUAUUGAGAUUGUAAUACGGAUGUGAAAAUUUGAAUCCUUACGGGAAUUGUAUUUUUGUUUGAACUGAAAUGAAUGUUGAAAAAAAUAUAUAUUUUUUAAACAGCAUAAAUCAAAGAAACUAGUUAUCAUUUCUGAAAGAAGAACUGUAUUUUCUAAAUUAACUUAAAUAAAUUUAUUAUCUUAUACCAUCGAGUCACAACGGCUAUGUAAAUGUUAUUAAGCUUUAUUUCAACGAGUUUUGUUAAUUUUUUCUAGAACUUUUCUAUCCUAUUCAUAAAACGGUUUCGGCUUUCGAUAUACGUUUACAUUUAAAAAAUAUUUCCUAAAUUUAUUUUGCAGUUUUGCAAGAAAACCGAUGAUUGUUAAAAAUUAAUUGUAAUCUGAAUUGAGUAUGCAAUGUACGCUAUCAAAAUAAAUAUAUAUAUAUUAUAUCAAAGUAAAUGUAUAGAUUUGUUCUUAUGAUUGUUUCCUAAUUCAUAAGGUUAUAAAUAUACAGAAAUGUAGUAGCAAUAAUUGUAAAUAAUAGACUGUAAUCAUAUAACUUGGGGUAAAAGCAAAUAAACAUAUAACUGAUGGAGAAUAUGAAAUACUUUUAUUUCUCAGGGCUCCAGUUUUUUCAAGCCUUUGCAAAGAAAUCGAGAAACUGAAUAAUAAUUGUGAGAAAACAAUAACUUUUCUAUUUCUGUACUUUUGGUUUUUCGGAUUUCAAUUGCCUCUGCAACUGCCUCUGGUUUGAAAAUAUUUACAGAAUCAUAAAAUUGGUUGUUAACAUAAAAUAUAUUCUCUCGUUUCUUUUGUUCGGCGCGCCACACUCAAAAACGUAAUUUGUCUUAUUGUAAUUAAUUUGUACAUACAUAACAUUUCGGGCGAAUCUUAACAAUGACCUUGAAAUAUUACGUCACUAAGGGAUAAAAUUUAGGCAGUGUACGAUGUGCAGAAAUAGACCAAUUAGAACGCGUCCGCAGAAAUGGCGCGCCUUGAUUGGCUGGUUUUGGGGAAAUGGUUGCCUUUUAACGAUUUUCACAAUAUUUUUCUAAAUUACAUAAUAUAAUGUUAAUUGGCGGACGCAAAGCUCCAAUAAAGGGGAGGGAUAGUAUUUUUAGUACAAUUUUAAUUUAGUUCAAGUUCAGGUAGACGGAUUAGAUACUUGAAUGAUGUUAACCUGAUAGUGUUGCCGCCCGAUAAUCAACUAAGUUUAAAGAAAAACAAUAAUAUCUAUACCUAUAUAAUACCAUGAAACUAUCUAUUAUGAAAGAAAUCAUAUUGCAGAGAAAUACUAUUGAUAGUAUAAAUAGGUCUAUGGAUAUUUCCGAGGCCAACUAUCGAUAUUUCGGCAACACUAUCCAUAAUCGAACUGUAUAUUUACAUUAAUUAAUGUAUAUCUUGUAAAAUUUCGUGAUGUUAAGCAUAAGGUCGGUUUUACGGGACGAUUUAAUUCUUGUCGAUUUUUAUACAUUGUGUCGGUCAAGCAUUGGGAAGAAUAUGGAGGUAUCUAUAUAAUUACAGUCUUGUUCCUUUUCAAUUUCUUAUUUUUUGUUAUCGUUAGUCCCCAUCCCCAUCCCAUAGCGCCCCGGAACGAUAUUGACUGAAAAUUUGAAAGUGAAUUUAUGAAUGGAGUUAUUUCUAUGAAGAAUGGCAAUACCAAUCUUAUCACUGUCUUUAUUAUUUAUUUAUAAGAAAACUAUCCCCAAAUUCGAAAUGUGACUGUAAAUUUUAAAAACUCUAUUCCAUUUUUACUACCAAUAGACAAAACUUUAAUGAGUGAAGCCUCCAUUUAUUACGAUGGUUCUUGGCACUAUUUUCAUGAUUCGUCAUGUAAAAUCGACUCGUCUGUGAAUAGAUUGUGUUUAUAGUUAGAAAAUAUUUCAGACUGCAUUUUUUGUUCUUUUUAUUAUACUUGUGGAUUAGGUAUUUAUUUUGUUGUUUCUGGUUCUAAGUCUAUGAUAUUUGUUAAUGAAUUGAUCAGCAAUAAAAUUUAUUUCAUCUAUAUUGGCUGCAUAUGUGCGUUUGAUUUAUUUGUACUUUCCACAGAAUUCGGAAUACCUAUAGAAGUGGUUACUUAUGAAUGUGACGUCGCAACCGAUGGUUGUGUUUACAUAACAUUUUCUUGAUGCAUCCCUAUACUGAGAUACAUAUAUUUGACUGCAUACCAAAGCUACGUGCGAUGCCGGUCGACGAAAUCAUUUCCUUCAGUUUUAAGUACAAUAUGACAUUUCUACUGUCUUAUAAUAUUCCGAUUUCUAUGGUAUUGAGUCACAAUAUUAAAAACUGGAUUUCAUUUUCAAGGAGAUGACCUGUCACUAUCUCAGUCUCAAUUCCAUCAUAUAGUUGAUUGCGGACUCCAGUAUUUUUUAUACUAUCGACUCUGUCUACGCCGUACAGGACGAUUAUUUAUGUAUGUCUGUGUCACAAGUAGCAAAUAUUUUUCGUAUUUAGUCUUUUCAAUACUGUUCGUUCUGUCUACCCCGCAAGGGAUAAAGACAUGAUUUUAUGUAUGUAUUUUUCGUAUUUGAAACUUUUAAAUCCCAAAACAAGUAGCAAAUAAAAUAACAAAACGAUGUUCAAAAUAUUUAUUACAAUGAAAUACAUUACAAUGCGUUAUUAUAAACCAGGUACAUUGUUUAUAGUUAUUUUAAACUGGCUAUCGGGAGGGCACAAAUACAACAGAGUGCAAUAAACAUAGUCUAUGCAGGUCACCAAUUAAGAUUACAAUUCAUUCAGAUACAUUAUCUUCAAGCAAUUAUAGUUUUAUGCAAUGUUUACUGCAUAAAAGUAAUAUUGAAAAAAAAAUGGAUGCGUUGUAUCUAUUUUUGUAAUACAAAUGUAAAACGUUUCAAUAAAACAAAAGUAAUCAACAAAAUCAUAUGAUACAAUUUUAUCUCUAGACUAUGGUUUUUAUCUUAAUAGGUACCCUGCGGGGAUAAUUAAAUUAACUGUACUACUUUCAAACUUUAGGUUACAAUAGCUUUAGACGAAAAUAGGAUUUUUUUAUUUGUAGUAAAACUUGAAUAAACAGUAACAAGUUAAACAUAUGCUACCUACUCAAAAUAUUUUUUAUAUUUUUUUUUCAUAAAUAACAACAUUGAUGAUAGGUAUAUAACUGGUCACAAAAGACUUAUCGUAAUAAUUAUUCUAUACAACUAUGCGUAACGUGGAAACAUGUUUUUUGAUACAGAAUAGAAAGAAAAUAUUAUUCAAUUUUACAUAAAUCCCACUUCCGACUAAGACUAUAAUAUUCGCAGAGUAAUUUCUUGUGUACAUUUUUCAACAUCCAAUGUAAAGGAGACGUAUUUCUUCAAAAGCGUAACAAAAAUAGAUCAUUUCUAUUAAAAUAUAUCGUAAACUUCUAAAAAUAUUUUUUCUUCAUUACAUACAUUUCAAACAUCUACAUUUUUAUUUAUUAAGGCCGCUAUGUUAUGUACCAAAAUUACGUAUAUCUAUUGAUCAGUGUCACUUCUCGCUAUGAGUAAGGCAUAUAUUUGUAACUACCUAAAUAAUAUAUAUAUACACUUAGACCUGGUAUUGUUACAAGAAAGUAAUA